AUCUGGAGAUAGCCCAACUGUUAUGAAGUUCCCUUUUUACCCAUAGAUCUUUUUGUCUCUUUGAUCAAAGAAAUUGCUGCAGAGCAGCAAAGAUGGCAGUAUAUUCAGCCUUCAAAUCCUUCAUCAAUCCACGCUUUCAAGACAACGCUAGCUUUACAAGAAAUUUAGUAUACCAAUUAUUCAGACGAUUUGUAAUAUGGAUUGUUUCUGCGGGCUCUGUUCCAGAGCAUGUUGCGAUCAUAAUGGACGGCAAUAGGAGAUACGCAACCAAAAGAAAAAUGAAGAAAUUGACGGGGCAUGAAUUUGGGUAUAACAGCCUGAUGCAUACUGUGAGGGACUGUUAUGAAUUGGGGAUAAAAUACGUGACUGUUUAUGCUUUCAGUAUUGAGAAUUUCAAGCGGUCAAAGGAGGAAGUUGAGACGCUCAUGAACUUGAUGCAGGAGAAGCUGGAGCUGCUCAUUGAAAAGGAGAGCAUGGUUAAUACUUGUGGAAUUCGUGUGCAAAUUAUGGGAGAUUUGAGCCUUUUUCCCCAGAGAGUAAGAGAAGCUGCAGACAGAGCCAUGGCUUUCUCUAGAAAUAAUGACACGGCCUUUCUAAAUAUCUGCGCUCCUUAUACUGGUACACAGGAGAUUGCCCAGGCCGUUGAAGGCGUUAUGAAGGCAGGGGAUUUAAAUGAAAAGAAGAUUAGUGCAGAGGAUAUAGAGAGGCAUCUUUAUACAUCUGAUUGUCCAGAGCCAGAGCUUUUAAUUAGGACUUCUGGGGAGACCAGGCUUAGCAACUUUCUUCUCUGGCAAACUUCCUUUUCUUUGCUCUAUGCUACUCCAAUCCUCUGGCCUGAGUUCUCCUUCAGGCACCUUGUCAGGGCUGUUUUGGAAUAUCAGAAAGCUUACCCAUUUCUACAGAAGCGAAAAGCUCAACUGCUAACGCUUGUUCCUCAUCAACAUCAUGACUAAUUGUAUUAGUUUUAGUGUUGAAUUCAUGUCAACAGUUACAGUAAUUUCUCUUAUGUAAAAUUGCAUUGUCAAAUGCAUUUUUCUAUUGAAUAAUUUUCUUCUAGACAAUUUGGAUCUUCUUUUGAUAUUUUAUGUUACGCCAUUCGCACCAAACAUGAAGGCAUGUUUGUAUUAUGAGAUUU